GUGUCAGCAGCAGUCAACACACACACACACAGACGCCAUCGAUCCUGUUGUGCUGCUGGAGCAAGAAAGACUCAAAUCAAAGGUGAGGGUGUAUACUGUCAGUGCUAGGACUUAUCCUAUUUGAAUAAUGCAGAGUUACCACCUCGCUACUGAAACUAGUUAUCCACAAAGGUAUAAAUGUCCACGAUUAAUUUAGCUUAACAGAGCAGUUAAUCUACCGUCAGGAUUCACAACAGCAGUGCUCAAAUGACAAGCUAACAGCCAGCUAGCUCAACGCUAACAGGGGCUCUGUACGCUGAUGUUGGAGCAAACAGUCGGUAAACAGCAGCUGAGAAAUACCUUUACUGCCUGUUAGAGACCAUAAAUGAGAUUUUAAACAUGUAACAAUGCGUGGUUUUGUAGAUGUUAAAGGUCGGACUUCCUUCCUGAACGUUGACGUUAGCUACAGGAACGUUAGUGUUAGCUAAAAGGGCAAGGCGAGGGUAUUUAUAAAGCUCUACAUUAACCCACCAGCAAUGACAAUAUGAACACCUGAGCAAUCUAAUGCAACCAAAUACAACCCUUUACUAUUACGAAGCUUCUACUUUUCCAGCUUUUGUUGGAAUGAUAACAUAGGUGAUUACUGUAAUAGUGGUGGUGGUCUACUCGAGCGUCAUACUGGGAAGCGUUCCUUAUAUUUUGGUCACUUCGUUAACAAACAUAAGAGGAUCAUGAUUAAGAAAAAACACAUUUCAGAUAACAUACCCCAGCACACCCCCACCGCCCACCCACCAAGUCUUGACUAAGUAAAUACAGGAAACGAGUCUGAUCGUGGAUUAGAUUAUCAAGGUGUUGCUAAUAUUGUGGCUGCUGCAGUUUAAGCAAUUUAAAGAACAUUAAAAGUAGGGCUGGGACGAUAUGCUUUUCUCCCGAUUCGAUUCUUCGAUUUUUUUUUUGGAUGCUAAUUCGAUUUAAAUUGCAGUUCUACGAUAUCGUCGAUAUUCUCGAUAUUCAGUCUCGUUUUUAAAACCAGUGAAACAGUUGAAUGAUUAUGAUUGUCUACUGACUAAUCCAGGAACCAUAUUUCCCCAAAAAAUACACAUCAUAUGUAAGUCAGUUUUUGAGAUUUAUUUUUAAAUUUGAAAAAAAAAGUGAUUUAAAAAUUGCAAAACAAAAAAUCUUGAUACUUAUGUGAAUCAAUUUUUAUCCCACCUCUAAUUAAAAGAAACGUGACCUUUAAGCUAACAGGACAAUGGUACCUUGGUUGUGUGCUUUUCAGUAUAUACAUAUAUCAUAUGUUAAAUAAGCCUGUUAUAAAGCAUGAACAAGUUUUCUGUGGCUUGUUGAAUCAGAAUUUUUAACAUCUUUUAAGUUGGUAACAGGCUGUUUUGUGAUGCCUUACAUUUGGCUUUUAAAGUAAAGGCGUGAGCUCAUAAAUCCACUGAGAUUCCAGGCUGGAUUAGUCAAUUAGAUGUCAUGAAGUCAAUUUGAACCUUUUCUCUUAAUUGCCGAAGACAGUCACUGCAAGAUGCUGGACCUUAUUUACUGUCUGCUGAGUAGAUUACUAAUGAGCAUUCAAUUAACAGUGUUGCAGUUAAUAAUUAACCAUUUAUGGUUUCUGAAGACCAGUAUGGUUAGUUACAUAUACAGUGAUAAGUUGCCAGUGUUUGUGUAAUAUUAUGCAACCUUAUCAAUAAAAAAUGAAUGUAAUUAUGCAACCAAAGCUACCCUCCAGAGCAUCAUAAUGUUUGUCUUUAAUUGGUUUGUUUAAUAAUGGUUGCGGAUGCAGCUUUAGGAUCAGUGCAGGGACUGUGAUAUGCUGCACUGCCUUUAUUUACUGAAUUUGGUGUAACAGCAGGACCAACUACAGCACUCCCAGAAUAAUAAAGAUUAUGUUACACCUUUGAAAAGUUAUGUUGCAAAAGUGUUUGUUAUGUAAACCACAUCCAUUUUAUAUUGUGUACCUUUAUCAUUCGUGCAUAAGCAUGCAAUAUAUUUCCCAGUCACUUUCCCUUUCAACUAAUUAUUUUUAUCUCUGAAUCAACCACACCAACAAAGUUUUACACAGUGACCUGCAAAAGCUUUUGUGUAUUUUCUAUACUCAGUUGCCUCGUAAAGACAUGCUUUCAUUCGACAGUUGUGUUUUCUUGUGAGCAACAAGUACAUUUUUCCUUUUGAGUGAUUAUUAUUGUUGGUUGUGGCGUCAAGGAUUUGGUUCUAUGUUGUGCAAAGAUUCUUGUUAUGCAGCAUUUUACUGCAGGUCAUUUCAGUCUGACAGGCUGCUGGCCUGCUGAGCUAUCCUUGACCACAGGUGCUGGAGCUAAUGUCAGUGGAUCUGUAUCAGUACCAGAGGGUAACUCAUACUGUACCGUCUUAUGCCAGAAACCCAAGUCUCACGUGUGUUGGGCUCUGAGUUUUUACAUCAGUAGCUCUGAGGGUUACUGAAAUUUAAAAAAUUUGAUAUUUAGAUAGACUUGACUCACACUUUAAAUUGAAUUUGUUUAGAAAGCUUCAUAAAAAUGGUCGUAAGCACCUUGUUUACUGAAGUUGAUUGGCCAGAGUGAUUCUCCUGGUUUCAUUUCCAGUGUCAUGUUGAUGUGACAGAGUUCAGAGUCCCAAAGAUAGGCUCUGUGGCUUUGAUAUCAAGUCCAGGGAGCACCAUGGUGGCAGAAUUUACUGUUUACAGUCACACAGUCACAUGCUCUCUUUCAUCAAAUCAAACAUGCCCACACACCACCCCACCCCAAGUGUUGAUGCCGCUCACUUGUCACAUGGAGUCUUUACAAGCCUUGCGAGUAGUGCAAGGUGUAAACUUGAUGCAUUGGUGCAAAAGUACCUCUUUCUUCUUCCUGCCAGUGUAUUUCACCUCUAAUUUUGGGGUUUAUUAUCAUAUCACAACAGGUUUCUGCGAUGGACUCCAGAUCGCACAGACUUCCUUUUUGCCUGUCCAACUCAAGGCCUUCUUACACAUCGAGUUCAUCGGUCUCCUCUUCAUCACUGGGCUCCACCAGGUUGUACAGCAGAGAGUCGAUGCUAAAUAAUGACCGUUUUCCGAGGGCAUCACCUUCUUACAAAACAGACCUGGACCAACAGGUAGGCUGACAUUUGGAUCUUUUAAACCAUUAAAGAUUUAGUCUCUCUCUUUACAUUUACCCUCAGCAUAUAUAAUUCAGACAUCUAGACCACUUUUUGUUUACUUUUUGGUCCUGCUUAUGCUGCUGUUUAGUUAAAAUUAAGAUGCUUUAUAAGUUCCUGGUGCCGGCCUUUAUUUUCUGCUGUCAUAGCACAUCAGUUUUGUCUCAUUUAGCCUUGCUUGCUAAGAUGAGGCAUGAUGGAAAUAUCAGCUUCAAAAGUGCCUGUUUUCGUUGGAUAAAACAGCCGAGUGCAAUAAUAACAAACAUCUGCAACUUUAAGGCCUCUGUCCACCUCUUCAUACUAUCUUUGUUCCUCUACAUUCAGUGUUUUGGCAUCUUUUUUUUUUCCAGUGUAUUCUGGCGAGAGAGCAUCCAAGUUAUCUCCUUUCUCACUGGUUCCCUUCUUAGUGUGUCACAGAAACUAACUGUUAUCAGUGGUGCAUCAGCAGACACUCUGGAGGUCUUUUUAUAGGACAGCCUAGAUUCCUUGGCACACGUGUGUAUUUCAGUCCCGCUGCUCUUUGGGGCCCGUCGAAAAAGAUAAUGUUACUGUUGGCCUGGGCCCUGCCUGGUUGUUCCUGUUCUUUCCAGAAGAGUCCAUGUUCGGUGAAAAGAAGAUCCUACAAAGCACUUGCUGCUCCAUGAUUUAGUGUAGUACUAAGAUGAGCUCCAAUUUAAGCAAUCCUCUUAAAAUAGCAGCAGUAUUAGUUUUUCUUCCAAGUUCACUCACAUGAAUAUUUACUAAGGACUCUCACAUUGAAAAACCUGUUGCAUGUUCAUGUUCAGCUGGACUGCAGCCCUCUUUUUUCCCCACUCUUUUGUGUGUGUUAUAAGUUUUCUGGCUUUGAAAGAAAAUGUAAAACUUUUCACAUAUGUUUACUUUUACUGGUGCAUGUAGAGCACAAAAUGAAAACUAAAUCAUGGAAACAAGCUAAAACUUAAAAAGCUGAAAAUUAGUGACAUAUUGUCAGUUAUUAUCCAACACUAUCCAGUGAGUUAUGCCGUACAAAGUUCAAUAGUUUUAUUAUAUAUUUACUCAGAUAGGAGUGCUAACUAAAAAUGCAUUUCUUUCUUUCUGAAGAAUUCUCGUCUCCUGAGGUCGCCCAGAGACUACAGCAGCUCUGAUAGUCACUCCACCAGCUGGAAGUUGCCCUCUUCUCUGACAUCCUCCAGCAGAUCCUACGAUCGACCAUGGGCUGAAUCCUCUCUCAGCAGCAGCAGCGGCAGGAACAAACCGGUACUAGAGCUCUUGCAAAAUACAGCCGAGUCAAACUCAUUUUUUAAAGACUGUAACAGAGGUUAGAGGAAUGCCUCUGAACAGUAUAAGUGACGUAUAAAUAUCUGAGUCAAUGUUUGUCUUCAUUUUCACAGAACGAUUCUGAAGGGAGGUUGGGGAUGCGUUCGGUUCUGCUAAACCCCAGUGAUGAUGGUGAUUCUAAAAGGGCCAAAUUGUCGUACAGCAACAGAGGACUGUACUCAAGAACAGCAGGAACCUCGGCCUCUGGAUCCACAUACUCUAGUAAUGGGCUAAGCAGUGGCAGAGGUACAAAAAAGCACUUUGUUUUGAACAUGUGACUUCUUGGUUUGCUGCAAAGAGAGCAUGUGAGGAUGUAGCAUGUUAUCAGUAUUGCAUAAGAUUUCAAACUGUAUGGAGUUUACUCCCAGGAGCUAAACCACCCUGCUUAAGUUACAAUAUGCAUUUCCUUUAGAGAUGAGUUGUCCCCAAAGAACAGUUACUUUUUAACUGUCUUAACAAUUUUGCAGCUUGCUGGUAUAGGUAAUGACAAAGACAGCUGACGUAGACUUACAUAGAGAGUGUAAAAUAUCAAAAAUCAACUUCUAUAGAUUUCCUGUGACUAUUUCAAAGUACUCAAACAGAAAAUACUGGAUAUUAUCAAUAUGGCAUGAUUUAGAAAGAUUUAACCAUCAUAUAUAAAAAUAGAAUGUAAGUAUGAGCUUUGAAUGUAGGUAAGAAAUCUCUGCAUUGACAGUUCGUCUCAAGAAAGCCAAACAUUAUGACAAACCUAAACAAUGUUUUGUAAAUCUCGACUAACCGUAUAUGUUUUAACAAAUAUUUACACAAACACAUUGAAGACUUAUAAUUCAGAUGUAGUUUUAUUCCUGCAGUUAAAAAAACUUAAUGAAAUAUACUAUAAUGGUAUUCUAACUUGGGUAGUUGGUUCAAUACUGAGAUCACAUUUUGUUUCUGACAUAUAUUGUUUUGAUUUUUGUGAAUAUAAUUUUACACAUAAAUUGAAUUAGAACAAUCCCUGUCUCUCACUUUCAUAAUAGAGUCAUUUGGUAGGUUCACAGGUUAACAGCAGUUCCUAGGUGCUAAUACUGUUUAUUAUUUUAACUGACAUUAAUUCGUGAGUGUUGUUGAGGUAUCAAGAUAAUUUCUCUCAUAAUUAAACAGAUUUUAAAAUGGACUACCGUGGACUUAUUUCCGUAUUUUUCUGGUCUUUCUGUGCAGGUACAAGUGAAACAUCAAGUGACACAUUAGAUUCAUCAUGGAGUUCAUACCGUUUACUCUCACGGCCUUCAUCUUCUUCCCACAAUCCACUGUUGUCCAGGAGAGAGCUUGAGACAAAGACUGAGCCUGGACUCUCAGGUUUGAGUGAGAGAAGAAACAGAACUGCUGGAUUGACUUCGUCAUUGUGUAAGGAUGUUUGUAAACACUCUGUUUAACAUCUGUGUAAAUGUGUUGUAGCACACGAGGUGACCUGACAUGAACUGCUUUUCUCUUCCCUCGUUUCAGAUCAGACAGACAGGGUGACCUCCACAUAUGCACAAGGAGCUCGGCCAAAGGAGACUGCCUACUCCACCUCUUCCUUCUCCUCCUCCUCCUCCUCCUCCCCCUACACAGCCAGAGAAAGCUCUCUUAAUCGCCACAUCUCCUCUUCCUCCCCUCACCGCUCAUCUCCUCUGCUGCGCGACAUCAGCAACAACAGGACCUCAGCACGUUCCUCAAACACCUCAUCUACUCUCCACUCAUCUCAGGAACAACAAACGGGAAACCCAGAAUCCCCCUCAAACAUGUCCUCCUCUUACUCCUCCUGGUACACAGCUCCCUCCUCCCGGCCAGAGGCCAUGCUCCCUCCGAGGCCAGCCCCUGAAGGCGUGGAGUCAGAGGGCCGUAGCUCCACUCGGCGCCUUCUGUCCCGUCUCUUUUCACGCCGCUCCAGCCAAGACUCCUCUAGUGGCUCCUCCAGUGUUCGCUCCCUGGAUGAUGACACUCCAUCGACCGGGGGAGAGUCUGUGGACAGUGAUGAAGGAGCACGGACGUCUGCUGUUGACCAUGACGCUGCAGGGUCGGAGGCAAACUUUGGUAGCCUCAGGAAUCGUAGAGCAGAUCUCACUCCUAUCCAAGAAAACAACAACACUGCUUAUCAAAAUGGCCCGCCUCGGCCCAGAAUGGCCUCAUGGAGAGAGCCUGGUGUUGGUAGUAGUAACAGCACCAGCAGUGGAGGAGGCAGCAGCUACUCCUGGCUCUCCUCCUCCCUCCGCGGCCGCUGCCCUCCCCUCCUCGCUCGCCUCAGGAGACACGCCAGAGACGACAGCACACAUUCUGCAGCAGGCUCACAAGGAUACAGUCAUCCACCACAUUUACUGAGAAGAUGGGAUGACCUAGAGCAUAAAACAUCACAAGAUGAUGAUGAAGACGACGAUGAUGAGGAGGACGAGGAAGAGGAAGAAGAGGAGGAGGAAGAAGAAGAAGAAGGGGCAGUUGGUUUGGAGGCAUUUGGUGCCAGUCGUCCCUGCAGACUUGAGGAUGAAGUGCUACCUGAACUUGAAGACACUUCAGUUGAAUUUUCACCCCGCCGCAGAGCUGGAGUGUAUGAAAACAUCUCAGUACCUCGGGGUUCUUUGGGGGCUGUGGACAGCCAGCUGGAUGGGCAGAAGGAGAAACCACUUUCCAGCGGGGAUCAAGAAAAGCUGCGCAGGAUCAAGGAGAGGUACAGGAUAGAAAUUCACCACACAGUGCCUGUCUGUCGUUUCUUCUCAUUUUUGUGGUCUGUGACUGAUAUUGGGUGCAAGUAAACUGUACAUGAGUUAACCAACAGUCACAAACAAAAGAUUAGAUAUGCAGUUUUCAUGUAAAUACAUUUAUUUUUAGUUUGUUUGAACAUAACCUUCAGCUCAUGUUGCAGACAGAUCGGUUUAAGCUUUUUUUUUACUGCUUCAUCAAGUAAAACAAAAGAACGGUUGAUGUACUUAUCCUUAUACCAGAUAACUAUUUAGCCUGAGAGGACUAAUGCAGGACUUACUGGUCGCCGAUACUGAAGGUGUUAAAGCGGGAGGUGUUUGAAAGACUUAGCUGUUUAGUAAUUUAGCAGGCGAUAGAGUAAACGUGUUUAUAUAUGAAACAGAAGACGGCAAGCAUGCAUUCUUUAUUAACAGUGCACCUGAAGCUCCUCCUGUCUUGUUUUAGGCUGCUGCUGGAAGAUUCUGAUGAGGAAGAAGGCGACCUGUGCCGAAUCUGUCAGAUGGGGGAGGAAUCUGCCUCCAAUCCACUGAUUCAGCCGUGUCGCUGUACAGGAAGUCUGCAGUACGUCCACCAGGAGUGCAUCAAGAGGUGGCUUCGCUCCAAAAUUGGCUCGGGUCAGUACGUAAAUAAGUCUUUAUUAGUGACAGAUCCCUUUAUUACCAUAUGAUUUCACUGAUUUCCUACUUGUGAUACUUUACUUUUAGGCACAAACCUCGAGGCCAUCACGACAUGCGAGCUGUGCAAACAGAAACUGCGCUUGAAUAUAGACAACUUUGACAUUCAGGAGUUAUACAGGACACAUGUGCAAGUGAGUCCCAACAUUUAAGUCAUGAAAAUAUAUUUAAAAAAAAUCGUAUUUUACUAAAAAGGUAACUUCUUUAGAAUCAAGAAUGUUAAUGACAGAUCUUUGAUUCUUGCUUCACAGUCGGAAUACGAUGAGUUCAUCAGCAGUGGUCUGUAUCUGGUUGUGCUGCUGCAUUUCUGCGAGCAGAGGUUCUCUGAUGUCCUGGGAGCGGUCGAUGCAGCUGGGGUGAGAACACACAUUUACAGAAACACACUCAAACACACACAUUUGAAAGUCGAUUUACUCAUACUCUCAUCCAGCAAUACCUUUAAUCUUAUGACGCUAUUGGCUGAAAAAGACGUGUAUUUUAUUGCUGCAAGACUUCAGUCAGUACUGAUUAAAGACGCCUCGAAAAUGAGUCAAUGUUGAAUUGUGGUGUGCAGAAAAUUCAAACCUUGAAAAGAGAAACUUCUUCCCUUUCUCACCCAGUUAUUCAACCUGGUGAGAAUCCUUCAUGAACACAUGGACAAUCUUCAAAGUAUGUCGCUCAAUCCUCUCUCUCUCUCCUCUGCCAAUGUUUGUGUUUACUGUGUUGAUGUUUUGCAAGUAAGCGAUCAUGUGACACGUUUAAUGCUUCAUCAGCUUUUUGUUUGUCAGUUUCGGUAACCUUGUAAUUUGAUUGAUAAUGAAAACGAAAACGAGCAGUUUGUAUGCUCAUUAUAAUCAUUUAUGAUAAGGUUACAAGGCUACCAGACAAAGAGAUGAUGUUUUUGUAGCUGGUGUUUAUUUUUCACGUUGUUUAAAAUGUAACUUAAAUGUUUGUCAGUCUAACCUCAGCUCCUGGAGAAAAUAACAGUACACUGACCACCUUGAAUAACCCAGAAAUCUUGCUGCUGUCCAGUUCUUGCUCAAGCUGUAACAUCCGACUGUUUAUCUGUUUGCUCUCCUUAUUUUUCAUAUAGUAAAGAAAUACUUGCCAUCACUGAAAAACAGAAUUAUGAGGCAAUUUCUCCAAAUGUUUGCCAGUCGCUGCCUGAAAGCUUUUACACCCCCACCCCCUACCCCCUGUUGUGUUUUUUGUUAAAUAUUUUAUAUGUGGCUGCAGAAUUUAAUCUGAAAUCUCUCAAUUGCAGUUCCUCAUGGAGAAAGCGACGAAGAGAUCCGAGACAACAGACCAUCUAUUGAGUUCUCUGACCUGGAUGAUGAUCUCGAAGAUGAGUACUAAUUACGUUAGAAUGGUGGAUUGGGGGUAAAAGGAAAAAAAAAAAGUGGGUCAGGGGAUCUGUUGUUUUAGGGGGGCUGCUCCAUGCCAUAUGGUUGCUCACCCAGUUUUUCAUCCAUGCUUUGAGGUCAUCAAAAUCAACUGAAAUGCAGGGGCAGAGUACGUUGGAUGAGUCCGGACUUUGUGGCUUUUGCAGGUAUGCAAACUUGAACUGUCAUGUGAAAUAAUUUUGUGGACACCAUCACAUUUCUUUUUUUUCAAUGAGAGUGCACUUUAUUCAGUCAUACUAAACAAGAAUGCAAGUCUUUUUAACUGUUAAACCACAAGUGCUUUAAUGUUAGAAUAAGAAAGCAGAGAGGGAAUUGACUGAGGAAAAGGAAAACGGAUUUGGAAUUAAGAUGAUGAGAUGAAUGCUUUUGGGACAAGAUACAAAAAAAAGUAGUGAUUAUUCCUUUAAUGUGUUUUUGUCCUCUUUAUUUUCCCAAUGAGAACAUGUUGAACUUACCCUGUCAUGAACUUCCUUCUGUAUUUCAAUGUUUUUGGGAGGCUUAAUGUCUGUAAAAAUCUGGUUUCUCGCCUUCAGUUUUAAGAAUAAAGAUUGAAUGCAAACUGCCA